AUGAUUGACCCCUUCGGUUCAGUCAGGCGAUCGCCCGAGGUCUUUACGAGCGCAAAUUGUUGGCGCCAUUUUCCUGCACUGCGGGUGGCGCAAAACGAGACCAAAGCUCAGAAAUGUUUAUAUCUAUCUAUCUAUCUAUCUAUCUAUCUAUCUAUCUAUCUAUCUAUCUAUCUCAGCCUGCAUCUCUCUCUCUCUCUCUCUCUCUCUCUAUCUAUCUAUUUAUCUAUCUCAGUCUGCUUCUCUCUCUCUCUCUCUCUCUCUCUCUCUCUCUAUCUAUCUAUCUAUCUAUCUAACUAUCUAUCUAUCUGUGUUUGUUCAUAUCUAUCUAUCUAUCUAUCUAUCUAUCUCAGUCUGUUUCUUUCUCUCUCCCUCUUUCUCUCUCUCUCCCUCUUUCUAUCUAUGUAUCUAUUUGUGUUUGUUCAUAUCUAUCUAUCUAUCUAUCUAUCUAUCUAUGUCUGUUCAUAUCUAUCUAUCUAUCUAUCUAUCUAUCUAUGUCUGUUCAUAUCUAUCUAUCUAUCUAUCUAUCUUACAUGUCCUUGGCUGGGUUAUCUAUCUAUAUAUCUAUGUACUUCGGUCUCUUCAUAUCUAUCUAUCUACCUAUCACAAUUAGGCCAUGCUAUCUAUCUAUCUAUCUACUUCGGUCUCUUCAUAUCUCGGUCUCAUCAUAUCUAUCUAUCUAUCUAUCUGAAUUCAAUCUCUCUCUCUCUCUCUCUCUCUCUCUCUCUCUCUCUCUCUCUCUCUCUUCCUAAUCAAUCACUGUGUAUGUUACUCUGUCUUUAUCUAUCUAUCUAUCUAUCUAUCUAUCUAUCUAUCUAUCUAUCUAUCUAUCUAUCUCAUUCUGUUCAUAUCUAUCUAUCUAUCUAUCUAUCUAUCUAUCUAUCUAUCUAUCUAUCUAUCUAUCUCAGUCUGUUCAUAUCUAUCUAUCUAUCUAUCUAUCUAUCUAUCUAUCUUGGUUUCUUCAUAUCUAUCUAUCUAUCUAUCUAUCUAUCUAUCUAUCUAACACUGUUUAUAUCUAUCUAUCUAUCUCGCAAUUUGUUCAUUAUCUACCUAUCUAUACCACGCGUGCACAUCUUAGGUCUCUUCAUAUCUAUCUAUCUAUCUAUCUAUCUAUCUAUCUAUCUAUCUAUCUAUCUAUCUAUCUGUUUCGACCUAUUUCUUCCACCUCCGAAAAGAACAAUGAUUAGUAGCAAUCUUCUUCUUCUUCUUCUUCUUCUCCUCCUCCCCUCCUCCCCCUUCUUCUUUUUCUUCGUUGUCGUUGACGUCGUCGUCGCGUUCUUCUUCUUCUUCUCCUCCUCCCCUUCUUCUUCUUCUUCUCCUCCACCUCUUCCCCUCCUCCCCUUCUUCUUCUUCGUCGUCGUCGUCGUGUUCGUGUUCUUCUCCUCCUCCCCUCCCCUUCUUCUUCUUCGUCAUCGUCGUCGUUGUGUUCUUCUUCUUCUCCUCCUCUUCCCCUCCUCCCCUUCUUCUUCUUCUUCGUCAUCGUCGUCGUUGUGUUCUUCUUCUUCUUCUCCUCCUCCCCUUCUUCUUCUUCUUCUUCUCCUCCUCCUUCCCCUCCUCCCCCUUCUUCUUCUUCGUCGUCGUCGUCGUGUUCGUGUUCUUCUCCUCCUCCCCCCUCUUCUUCUUCUUCUUCGUCAUCGUCGUCGUUGUGUUCUUCUUCUUCUCCUCCUCCCCUUCUUCUUCUUCUUCUUCUUCUCCUCCUCUUCACCUCCUCCCCCUUCUUCUUCUUCUUCGUCAUCGUCGUCGUGUUCGUCUUCUUCUCCUUCUCCUCCCCUCCUCCCCCUUCUUCUUCUUCUUCUUCUUCUAUUAUUAUUAUUAUCUUCCACUUCUACAUCGACAUUGACUCAUGUCAGUUACCUAUUCUUUUGUUGCUAUUCCAUCCAUCUGUCUCUCUCUGUCUCUUUUUCUCUCGGGGUUUCCAGAUCACUAAACUGGAAGUUCGUUGACACGUCGCCAUUUGUGAACACCUGGGUUCGCUUCUAUAUCUAUCUCUAUAGUAGUAAACGAUACGUCUAUCUCUCUCUUUCUCUUGCUUCCUCUCUCUCUCUCUCUCUCCCACUCACUAUUUCAAUCUUUCUUUCUCCACGUUUUCUUUCUUCUUUUCUUUCACGUAGUUUUGUCAGUAGAGGUGUAUAUCUAUCUAUCUAUCUAUCUAUCUAUCUAUCUAUCUAUCUAUCUAUCCAUAUCUAUCUAUCUAUCUAUCUAUCUAUCUAUCUAUCUAUCUAUCUCAUCUAUUCAUAUCUAUCUAUCUAUCUAUCUAUCUAUCUAUCUAUCUAUCUAUCUAUCUCAGUCUAUUCAUAUCUAUCUAUCUAUCUAUCUAUCUAUCUAUCUCAGUCUAUUCAUAUCUAUCUAUCUAUCUAUCUAUCUAUCUAUCUAUCUAUCUAUCUCAGGCUAUUCAUAUCUAUAUAUCUAUCUAAUUCACUUCAUAUCUAUCUAUCUAUCUAUCUAUCUAUCUAUCUAUCUAUCUAUCUAUCUAUCUAUUUCACUUCAUAUCUAUCUAUCAAUCUAUCUAUCUCACUUUCAUUUCUUUCCUUCUUGCACACACAAACAGACGCUCUCUCUCUCUCUCUCACACACACACACACACACACAAUUUCUAUAUAUAUUGUAUAUGCGCGGUACUUACUGGAAAACACUCAAUAUCAGUGA